AUGACGGGGUGCCGGCAGGUGGAGGCGCCCGGCUCAUACCAGCAGGACCCGUGGGCCAUGACGGACGAGGAGAAGCUGCAGGCCGUACCCCUGAUCCACAAGGAGGGCAACGAGCUGUACCGGCUUGGCAAGGUGCAGGAGGCAGCUGCCAAAUACUACGAUGCCAUCGCCUGCCUCAAGAACCUGCAGAUGAAGGAGCAGCCCGGCUCUCCGGACUGGAUCGAACUCGACCAGAAGAUCACACCCCUGCUGCUAAAUUACUGCCAGUGCAAGCUGCAGUGCGAGGAGUACUACGAGGUGCUGGAUCACUGCUCCUCCAUUCUCAACAAGUACGAGGACAACGUCAAGGCCUACUUCAAGCGGGGGAAGGCCCACGCGGCAGUGUGGAACGUGGCGGAGGCGCAGGCUGACUUUGCCAAAGUGCUGGCCCUCGACCCCUCGCUGCGCCCCAUCGUCUCCAAGGAGCUGCGGAGCCUGGAAGCCCGCCUGCGCGAGAAGGACGCCGAGGACAAGAUCCGCUUCAAAGGCAUCUUCUCGCAGUAGAGCCCGCGGCCGCAGCGGAGAGCCCAACGCUCUCUGAACAGGUUCUUUUAGGUAUUCCACAUGUGGAAUGUUCAUUGAUGUUUAUUAAUGUUUAAUACAAGUUUUACUUAUUUGAA